GUUUUUUAAACAUAGCUGCUGCGAACUAGGGAAGGCAACAAGCGAGAAGCCACGAAGCCCUCCACACUCCUAUCCGGCCAGCCGUCGUCGUCCAGCGUCCUCGAGUAGCCCUCCAGUCCAGCUGCCCAGCCUACUUGUGCCGCCUCCCGCCGUCCAGGGUCCCGCACUCCUGCGUCGCCGCGUCGGCCGUCGGCGUCCCUGCGAGUCUGCAACCUGCGUUAGCGCGUUGCUGCCUCCUGGCCGGCACUCCAGUUUCGCCUCCUGCCUCCUCCAGUUUCGCCUCCUGCCUCUAGCUGUCUCCGACUCUCCCAAUUCAGCAACCCGCUGUCCAGCCUACCCUGUUGUAACAUUCUGGAUCCGCCCCUGUCCACAAUUAGAAUAUACACCCUAGUCCCUAUGUAGUUUUUGGCAAAGGGUACUUCUCUCACUCCAGAGAUCGACAAAGUUAUUGACCGAGCAAGGGCAACAGAUUCAGUCAUUUGGAUUCGAACAGUCCGUGCUUGAAUUUCGUGAUUGUGUUAUAUCACCUCGAUGAGGGAAAAAAGUUUAGCAAAAGAAACUCCAGAAUCUGGAGAAAGUGAUGUACGCAAAGAAGAAUUUGGAGCUGAAGAUCUAGAAAUUGAUUCUCACGAAAAUGUUAGGACAAACAAUCUAAUUAGAGUUUCAAUUGAUAGGAUCAGUGCAUUGCCGGAUUGCUUACUUGUUCACAUCAUAUCUUUACUGGGUAUGAAGGAAGCUGCUACUACGAGUAUUUUGGGGAAAAGAUGGCAAUUUCUUUGGGCUGAAUUACCGACCCUUCAAUUCGACUCCUAUGAUUGGGCUGAACGUAAAGAAAGUAAGAAUACAAUUGAUUUUGUGGCUUGGGUUAAUAGGAUAAUUGCUACUCGUCGUGGAAAUUAUCUUGAGAAAAUGAUGGUUAAUUUCAAUUACGAGGAUUGCUUUUCUACAGAUGUUGAUAAUUGGAUCCAGUUUGCCUUGGAAAAUAAUGUGAAAGAAGUCAGUUUGAGAAUGGACUACAGUCAAGAUGAUUUCUACAUUCUUCGUGAAAUGAUGUAUUCAAGUUCAUCUUUGACAUCAUUAUAUUUGGAAGGUUGCAUUUUGGAUCCCCAAAGAACAAUCAAGUGGUGGUCUUUGACUAAGUUAGAAAUAUCAGGAGUGAAUUUGCCUCAGCCUGUAGUUGAAAAGAUAUUAUCUGGUUGUCCUGUUUUGAACUUCUUGGAUCUGAGUGAGUGUUGGGGUUUCACUUGUUUGGAGAUCAACUCUCAAAGUCUACGUGAACUGCGAAUAAGGGACUCUGAAGAUGAAGAAAAUGAGGGUUUCCUGCAAAUUUCAGCACCCUAUAUAACAAAUUUGAGUCUUUGGUUGUAUCCUAUGGGAAGACAGAUAAACCUCAAAGACAUCUCAUCUCUUGUUAGUGCUAAUAUUGAUUUUAUUGAACCCUUUUGGGAUUUUAUACUUCCUGAAGAGCUGUGUAGUACGCAGGAAUUUUUUGAAAAGAUUCAUCACGUCAAGGAGCUUGAACUAGGUCCUGAACCCCUUAAGGCUCUGGCUGCGCUGGUGCUUAAUGGUUGGCAGCAUCCAAAAUAUAAGCUAAGGUGUUUGGAAAUUGAUUUUAUAUGUCGUGCCGGGAAAACCAUUCCUGGCAUUUUAGACAUACUCGAAUCUUCUCCAGACAUUGAGACAUUGAUCAUGCGUUCUUUUGACCCCGAAGGUGUAAGUGUUAACUUUUUAAUCCUUGAUUCUUGGUAUGAUUUUUUUUUGUCUCAAGUAAUUAAUAUAAUUGCUAUGUACUUGAUAAUAUUUUAUGAUAAAAUAUGCAUUUACUGCGGUACUCCACAUUAUUAAAUACUCCGUAUAAGUUUGUCUUAAAUUUGUUGUGAUUUUAGUUGGACCAUAACUGGGCCCCACUUGCAAGGGAUAAUUUGGUUUGUGACUUAUUGCAUCUGAAGACGAUCAAAAUGUCUCGGUUGGCAGAUCCAAAUCUUGGUGGUGAACCAAUGCUUACGUUGGCUCGGAUCCUUCUUAAGAGGACACCAGUAUUGGAAGAGAUGGAGAUUUCUCUUCAUAUUCAAGAUACAGAUGUCUUUGUCAAGAUAGGACAAACCUUGCUCAAUUAUCCUAGAUCCUCACCAAAGGCUGUCAUCGAUCUCUAUUAGAUUGUUAGCUUUUAUGUGUUCAUUUUCUCACAUGUGUAAAAAAAUUGCUAUAGCUUUCUCAAUUGUUAGCUUUUCUGCCUUCUUUUUCCUAUUUUGCUGAAUUUGCUACUAGUGGCAUAUUUGAGAUUUAACAUCUAAACAUCCUAUUUCAAAUACUUAACAUCUACUUCUGGUAGAAGAUUAUGAAGGCGAAGAAAAUGAACCAUUG